UCCUGCAGGCAGCUCCUCAAGGCUUCUGCCCUUUCUUGCAGGGUUCCUGCAGGCAGCUUCUCAAGGCUUCUGCCCUUUCUUGCAGAAACCAUCACAUGCGAUGAACUGAAAAAUCUAAACCCCAAUGGAAUAGUGCAGCUAUAUGAUGUAAGAACACCAGAGGAGGUCCAAAAAGGCAAGAUCUCAAAUGCCAUAAAUAUUCCCGUCACUGAGUUUGAAGAUGCUUUUAAGAUGGAUCCUGAGACAUUUGCCAAGAAAUUCAAGAUAAACAAACCCAAGCUGGAUGAUAACAUUAUUGUCUAUUGUCUGUCGGGAAGACGUGGUACUCGGGCCACAGAGAUUGCCUCCUCUUUGGGAUACAAACAUGUCCGAAACCUCAUCGGUGGAUACACUGCAUGGUCUGAGAAAGAGGGAAAGUAAUCUGCAGAUAUUUUCCAUUUCGGACAAUGGUUUUACCAGUUCCUACUGACCUUGUAUUCUUGAAGGAUUUUUCGCGGUCCGUAUCCUGGUAUAACCUCUGGACUCGGAAUCCAUAUGCUGCUCAUUAUUAUUUAAAAAAAAAAAAAAAAAUACGAAUCUCCUCAACUUGAAUAUCUUAUAUUACUUUUAACUAUAGGCUGUUUUUUCUCUGUUAUUCUAUAUUUUAUUUUAAUAUA